UUCCGACUCCAGCAUGAUGGCGGCGCUCAGAGGGAACGUUCCGGGGAUUUCCAGGGCGGAAUAUCUAAAGCGAUACCUGGAUGGAGGGAGCUCAGGAGGGGAAGAUGGGGCCACCAAGAAGAAGAGGAAGAAGAAGAGACCGGAAGGGAAAGGAAUGCGGAUAGUAGAUGAUGAUGCUGACGAUUGGAAGAAGGAGCCCAAGGUCAAAGAGGAGGUUGUAGAAGAGGAAGAGGACAAGCCAUUGGUAGUGGCAGAUUUUGUAGAUGAACGGCCUGAGGAGGUGAAACGCAUGGAAGAAUUUAAGAACAGCAACAAGUGGAAGCGGAUCAAAGAUGAUAGCUCUCCUGAAGCCGACAGAUCACCAGUUCCAGAAUCAAGGGUCAGACAUGAUUCACCAGAUGCCUCCUCAGCCCAGAGAAGCAGACAUGACUCUCCAGAUUUCUCCCCGCCACAGAACAAGAGGCAUGAUUCUUCAGACUCCUCCCCAUCACACAAAGGAAAGAAUGACUCUCCAGACUUCUCCCCGCCACAGAAAGGGAGGCAUGACUCUCCAAAUGCCUCUCCACCACGGAAAGGAAGGUGUGCGUCGCCAAACUCCUCUCCACCAAGGAAAGGGAGGUCCACCUCUCCAGACUCCUCCCCACCAAGGAAAGGGAAUCACAACCUUCAAGAUCCUUUGCCAUCACGGAAAGGUAGGAGCGACUCUCCAGACCUAUCUCUGGCAGGGAAAGGAAGGCGUGGUUCUCCGGAUCUUUCACCACCACGGAAAGGAAGGCGUGGUUCUCCGGACCUUUCACCACCACGGAAAGGAAGGCGUGGUUCUCCGGACCUUUCACCACCGCGGAAAGGAAGGCGUGGUUCUCCGGACCUCUCCCCACCACGGAAGGGAAGGCGUGGUUCUCCGGACCUCUCCCCACCACGGAAGGGAAGGCGUGGUUCUCCAGACCUCUCCCCACCACGGAAGGGACGGCGUGGUUCUCCGGACCUCUCCCCACCACGGAAGGGAAGACCAAAUGCUUCUCCACCCAGGAAACACCAACAAGAUGUGUCGAGACGUGAUUAUCAGAAGAAUUCCCCGCCGAGACACAACAGAUAUGACUCUGCCGAUUCUUCAGCUAAGCAUUGGGGAAAAAAUAAAGUGAAUUCUUAUUCAGGCUCUGCCUCAUAUACUCACAGUAAGAAAAAGCCUCAUUCACCAAGUCCACCUUCUGCCAAAAAUAGACAUGACUUGCCUCCAAAGAAAGGAACAGAUAAAAGCAUGCCAUAUGUAGAGAAAGGGUCUAAGAGACUUGGCCGUUCUUCCCCUUAUUCCUCCACACGUCAGGAUUCUGAUUCUGACCUUUCCCCUCCCAGAAAAUUGGAGAGAGCACCUAUUCAGGACAAAGGGAGAAAAGUACGACGGAGAGACUCUGACGCCGACUUGUCUCCUCCAAGGCAAGCCCAGAAGAGGGGUUCAGAUUCUGACCUGUCACCUGCUCGUCAUGUCCAGAGAAAAGGUUCCGACUCCGAUCUAUCCCCUCCACGUCGUACAGAUUGCAGGGACUCAGACGUUUCACCCUCUCGCCGCAGAGCCGAGUCCAAAAGAGGUCCUUCAUCCUCACAGAGAAGUGGAGACUCCAAGAUGCUGUCUGGUGGCACAGUUGGCCUUGUUUCUGCUGAGGUUUUGAGAAAAGAGAAGGAAGAAGAGAGGAGAGCUCAGAAAAGCAACAAAAAUUUGGAACAGGAUUCCAGAAAUACAGAAACGAUUUUCAGAGACAAAAGCGGCAAACGGAGAGACUUAAGAAUAGAACGUGACGAGCAGCUUCAGAAACAAGCCGCACAAGAGAAACGCGAUGAGAUGUAUGCCCAGUGGGGCAAAGGACUGGUACAGAAAGAACAGCAGCGUCAGAGCAUGCAAGAUGCCGCUAAAGAGAAAGCAAAGCCUCUGGCUCGAUAUAUUGAUGACGCCGACCUAGAUCUCAUGUUGCGUGAACAGGAAAGGGACGGCGAUCCAAUGGCCAAAUUUCUAAAAAAGAAAAAGGAAAAAGAGCAAAGCGAAAGGAAAGAGCGUCCAAAAUAUAAGGGUCCAAAUCCUCCCCUAAACAGAUUUAAUAUCUGGCCUGGGUACCGCUGGGAUGGUGUUGACAGGUCCAAUGGAUUUGAAAACAAGUAUUUUGCUCGAAUUUCGGAAAAGAAGGCUGUCCAGGAAUCUGCAUACAAGUGGAGUGUGGAAGAUAUGUGAACCCUGGCACACCUGUGUUUGGAACAUUGACAGGAACAUCCCAAAACG